AUGUAUGAACGACACAAGAGGCGGUACAGCCUGUGUGACAUUUCCAAGGUGGACAGGACUGUAGAUGUUGUGUUGUUAAAGAUAAAUCGCGAAAGCUGGUGUUCAAUAGAGCCAUGUUCAGAUCCUUCACUGCUGGAGCCGACGCAAUCCCCAGAAUGUGAAAAUUUUCUGGAAGAUGGGCUGAGUGGAGACUGUGCCUCAUCGCAGGGUGUCCUGAAAAGAGAAACUGGAAGCGAGUCUGAACUCUUCCCCUUGCCUGGCGAUGGGAUGGAUGACAUCGUCUUUGGAAAGCCUGAAGAGGAACAGUCUGCUUGCGAUGUCACCAGUUCCAGCUCAUCGGCAGACGACACAGUCUCUUUGGAGAGGAAUUCCUCUCUUGGGAGUGACAUAUCCCUUCCACAUGCUCUAAACCUCAACAGGCCUAAGGAGAGGCACACUCUGGAUGGAAACGGCAUUGACAUGGGAGCCGCAGGGGGACGGGAGAGUGAACUUGGUGGCUCGGGCGAGAUGGAAGAAGAGAUGGACAGUAUUACAGAAGUGCCUACCCACUCCUCUGUCUUAAGAAAUUCCAUGCGACCACUGUCACCAUUCCGACGGCACAGCUGGGGGCCGGGGAAGAAUGCUGCCAAUGAGGCAGAAAUCAAUCACAGGAGUUACAGCCUAGAAGGCCUUGCAGGAGACUCCGAUGAUAACAAGAAGCCCUCCUCAAAUUUAGAGACUUCCUCUUUGAGUUCCAAAGACCUCAGGCGAAGUCCACUUGCUAGUGACGAACGUGGCUCCUUGGUCUCACUCACUGAAGAGGAAGUAGAAUCUGAGCAGGGGGAAAUCGGAGGCUUUGACCGUCAGACACGCCAAAGAUCACAGCCGCAUGGAUUUAGUUUCUGUACUUCUGCCACUUCUCCGCUGACCAAAUCCAUUUCGCUAAUGACAAUCACUCAACCAGGACUAGACAGCAUACGAUCGUUCAACAGCACCAGUAGUUCAUUGUCUCAGAGUGUGUCUGAAGAGAGCGGCAACUUCCUGCCUCCCAGCCCCUCCAGGAAAGAUUUAGAAGGGAAAGGUGGAACAAAAGUCAGUCGCACCUUCAGCUAUCUCAGGAAUAAAAUGUCCAGCAGCAAGAAGAACAAAGAAAAAGAGAAAGAUAAGGAGAAGACUAAAGAGAAGGACAAAGAUUCCAAGGAGAAAGAAAAAGACAAGAAGAUGUUAAAUGGACACCUCUUCAGUGCAACCCCUACCGUGGGUCCAGUCAACUGUUACCACUGUAUGAAACCUUUCAACAAAGAUUCACACCUCUGUGCAAACUGCAAUGCAAUUGUUCACAAAGGCUGUAAGGAGAGUCUCGCAUCCUGUGCAAAAGUCAAAAUGAAGGUGAGAGGGAUGCUUCAGGCACACGAUACCUCUUCGUUACCCACAGUAAUUAUGAGAAACAAGACCUCACAACCUAAGGAGCGCCCUCGGUCUGCAAUACUUGCCCCUGAUGAAAACACAGUAACCUCAAUAUUCAAUAACAGGAGAUCACAGCAGACCACAACACUUUCAAAAAGCGUCUCAAUACAGAACAUUGCAGGAGUUGGUAAUGAUGAAAGCAUAAUACAGACUUGGAAAUUCCUCUCACAGUCAACAGACUCUUUACAUAAAAUCAGCCGAGUGAAUGAAUCCACGGAGUCGCUAACUGAUGAGGGUGCAGACAUGAAUGAAGGACAGCUCAUGGGGGACUUUGAGAUGGACUCCAAGCAGCUGGAGGCAGAAUCCUGGAGUCAAGUAGUGGACAGCAAGUUUUUGCGGCAGCAAAAGAAGGAUAUCGUCAAACGGCAAGAUGUCAUAUAUGAGCUGAUGCAGACAGAGAUGCAUCACGUCCGCACUCUGAAGAUCAUGAGUGAUGUGUACAGCAGGGGGAUGAUGCAGGAGUUGCAGUUUGAACAGCAAAUGGUGGAAAAGGUCUUUCCUUGCCUGGAUGACUUGCUGAACAUCCACAACCAGUUCUUCCAGCGGAUUCUGGAGAGGAAGAAAGAGUCCCUGGUGGAAAAAAGUGAAAAGAAUUUUGUUAUCAAGAGGAUAGGAGACAUCCUGGUGAAUCAGUUUUCCGGUGAGAAUGGGGAGAGAAUGAAGAAAACUUACGGCAAAUUCUGCGGGCACCACAACGAGGCUGUAAAUUAUUUCAAAGACCUGCAGUCAAAAGAGAAGCGGUUUCAGGCAUUCAUCAAGAAAAAAAUGAGCAGCACGGUGGUGAGGCGCCUGGGGAUUCCUGAGUGCAUCUUACUAGUAACUCAAAGGAUCACAAAGUAUCCCGUGAUAUUACAAAGAAUAUUACAGUAUACCAAAGAAAACGAAGUGGAACAUCAAGACUUGACCCAGUCACUAAACCUGGUUAAAGAUGUGAUUGCUGCGGUCAAUAGCAAAGUCAGCAACUAUGAAAAGAAAACACGUCUUACUGAGAUCUACACCCGGACGGACAGCAAGUCCAUCAUGAGGAUGAAGAGCGGCCAGAUGUUUGCCAGGGAGGACUUGAGACGUAGGAAGCUCAUCCGAGAUGGGCCUGUCUCACUGAAGAACACAGCUGGGAGACUGAAAGAGGUCCAGGCUGUCCUCCUCUCAGAUAUGCUGAUAUUCCUUCAGGAAAAGGACCAGAAGUAUGUCUUUGCCUCAUUGGACCAGAGAUCCACUGUAAUCUCUCUGAAGAAACUGAUUGUACGAGAAGUGGCCCAUGAGGAAAAGGGUUUAUUCCUAAUUACCACCGUUGUGAAAGAUCCAGAGAUGGUAGAAGUCCAUGCCAGCUCCAAGGAGGAACGCAAUAGCUGGAUACAAAUAAUUCAGGACACCAUUAACACCAUGGACAAAGACGAAGAUGAAGGAAUCCCUAGUGAAUCAGAACUGGAAAAGAGAGUGUUGGACACCAAAGCCAGAGAAUUAAAAGAACAGCUUCAGCAGAAAGAUCAGCAGAUCCUAGCGCUGCUGGAGGAAAAGGAGAAGAUUUUCCGGGAUAUCACGGACUGUAGCAUGCAAGAGGAUGGCUCGGUCUCCAGAGUGCUGUUCAGGUCCAAUACGGAGGAGGCACAAAAAGGGGAGACCAUUAUGAAAAGUGCAAUAAACGAGGUUGAAUAUUUGCAAAGCUUGAUCAGUAGGAGUCUAGGGAGUGCACUUGGGGCUGCUGACCUGCUGCCAAACUCUGAGCAAGAAGGGGGAGUCGGCCCCAUCUCCCUUCCUAGAAGAGCAGAAACUUUUGGAGGAUUUGACAGUCAUCAGAUGAAUGCAUCCAAGUGUGGAGAGAAAGAUGAAGCUGAUGAUGCUCAGGAUCUUCGGAGAACAGAAUCAGACAGCAUUUUGAAGAAGGGGGGAAAUGCUAAUUUGAUGUUCGUGUUGAAAAGAAACAAUGAGCAUGUUCUCCAAAGCAUUACCUACCUCCACAACCUGCUCAGCACUCUGCAGGGAGUCGUGUUGCAGCAGGAUACUUAUAUUGAGGAUCAGAAGCUGGUUCUCAGUGAGAGAGCGCUGACACGGAGCUCCUCCCGGCCAAACUCCUUGAUCGAGCAGGAGAAACAGCGGAGCCUGGAGAAGCAGCGCCAGGAGCUGGCCAACUUGCAGAAGCAGCAGGCCCAGCACCAGGAGGAGAAGCGGAGGAGAGAGAAGGAGUGGGAGGCCCGGGAGAAGGAGCUGACCGAGCGGGAAGUGCGGCUCGCCCAGCGAGAGGAGCAGGCACAGAAGGGGUACCGGGAUCUGGAAAGGGAGAGGGAAGAGCUGAAGCUGAAGAAAGAAGCCUACCAGCUGGAUCUGGAGCGGCUGCGAGCAGCACAGAAACAACUGGAGAGGGAGAAGGAGCAGCUCAAGAGAGAUGUGGAGCGAUUACCCCCAGUGCAGACGGAGCCUGACCUCAGACAGGUUUCAAACCCCCAUGAUAAAACGGUGAGGAUCCCCUCCCAGCCCACCGCUGAGGACUCCAAGCAGCACAGUUCUUCCUUUCCCAAACAGGGGCACUUUGAUGCAGGACUGUCUGUGUCGCCCAAAAGGAACAGUCUCUCAAGGACACACAAAGAGAAAGGCACUUUCCACUUGCUUAGCGCAACGAACCAGACUAACAAGGCAGCCGAGGUGCAGCAGCCCACCCGCCUCUUCGGUUUAUCCAAGCCAAAGGACAAAAAGGACAAGAAGAAAAAGGGCAAAGGACACCGCUCCCAACCUGCUGAUGCUCAUUCAUCAGAAGCACCACCAGAUGGCGAGGAGAUCUUCUGCUGAAUGUCUGCUCCUAAUUCUGCAGGGAUGAGCCUCCCUCUCCACUGUACUGUGUUAGAAGCUGUACAUGCAUCUGAUGGGGCCAAAGCAUGAGCAGCUCUCCCUCUGCACAUCAAUCAUUCUCAGCCUUUGUACAGUGGAAACCUCCCCGCCCACAUUUUGCAGCACGCUCCUGCACCCCACCAGCUCUCUGUGUGUUAAAUAAAACGUUUGUAAAGGCUGCACAUGGUGGGAAAGGGGCUCUGUCCUGCGUUUUUUUAUGAAUUCUGGCUGCAGAGGCUGACCACACUGCAAACAGCACCCACUUCGGGUGCAAAUCUUGGUUGAAAGUAGGAAUAGAUGUUCCCAGUCUCCUCUUACUGCUAAAGGAUGAAAGACUAUGGCCCAAAGGGUCUGUGCCUCCAAAUUCUCCUUUUCUGGGGAAUACAACCAAAACCAAGCAUUUAGCAAAAGGCCAGGACUCUGAAAAUGGUGCGUACACACUGGCAUACAGAUAUACUAUAUAUAUAUGUAAGUGUCUAUGUAUUCACUGGGAUAUACUUACGGUCUGUACAGACAAGCUGGGUUAGCUUAGCUCGGCCCAACGAUACCUGAUGACUUUCAGGGAGCAUGUAGAUAUUAAAUAUCUUAGCCUUAAUGCUCAGAGUG